AUGGUUAUUAGUAAUUACGGUGUCCGCAACAACCCGAAUCCUGCUGUUGAGCACCGCCAGGCUCGUAUGGAAGAAGAACAGUUUUUCUCCCCUGUCCCAUGGAUUAAAGUACUGGCUCCCUUCGGACCCUUCCAACUUAGGCUCGGCACUCGCAAUCUUCAGAAUGCCCUUUCUCAGUUACUGGAAUUGAAGACGACUAUUGCGGCUUGUUUGGAAGGUGGAACAACAGGCAUGCAGAUGCUGAAUAUAGGAUUGCCCAUGACUUCUUAUCAGCUAUCGAACGUACCAAGCCUGAGCUACGGUUGCUUACUGACCGAGAAGACGUAGAAAUUGAUGAUGAAUGUGAUUGUGAAGUAAUGGGGACAAAAAACAUAAAACUGACGUCCAAGAGAAAGAAAACACCACAAGACAAGGCCUCCACGUCGACAAAAAGCGAGUUGGUGAUUAUACAAAGCACUUCCAACAUCUUGAUGGUAUGCUAUACCCCUCCAAUAAAUAAAUAAAUGUCUGACAUGAUAAAUGCAGCACCAGCCAGAAUCUUCGAG